GGAGAUGGAGGCGGCGGCGGCGGAGCUGAGGGCGAGGCGGCGGCGGCCGCUGCCGUCUUCGCCGUUUUUCCCGUUUUUGCUGUCGCUGCUGCUGGCCGGGCCGGCGGGGGCUCUGGUGGAGGGGCUGUACUGCGGCGCCCGCGUCUGUUACGACGUGCUGGGGGUCGGCCGGGACGCCAGCAAGGCGGAGAUCGCCCGCGCCUACCGCCAGCUCGCCCUCCGCUACCACCCGGAUCGCUACCGGCCCGCCGCAGCCGCCGGCGGAGGCGACACCCUCCAGGCCGCCCAGGACGCCUUUCUGCUGGUGGCCACCGCUUACGAGACGCUCAAGUUUUUCAGCUGGUGGAGUAGUUAUAAUGAAGCCAUCAACUACUUAGCCACAAUGCCAAAGUAUCGUAUUCAAGCCACUGAAAUUGCCAGGCAACAAGGAUUGCUCAACAGGGGCAAAGAAAAAGGGAAAAACAGACGGUCCAAGGAGGAAAUCCGAGAAGAGGAGGAAAACAUCAUCAAAAAUAUUAUAAAAAAUAAAAUAGAUAUAAAGGGAGGCUAUCAGAAGCCUAAAAUAUGUGACAUUCUACUGUUCCAAAUUAUUUUAGCUCCUUUUCACUUGUGUAUGUACAUUAGCUGGUAUUGUCAGUGGAUUUACCGUUUUAACAUCAAAGGACAAGAGUAUGGAGAGGAAGAGAGGCUGUAUAUCAUACGUAAAUAUAUGAAAAUGUCAAGCUCUCAAUUUGACAGUCUAGAAGAUAGUCAGAAAGAAACUUUUCUGGAACGAAAGCUGUGGAUACGAGAGAACUAUGAGGUCUACAAGCAGGAGCAAGAGGAAGAACUAAAGAAGAAGCUGGCCAAUGACCCUCGGUGGAAGAGAUAUAGGAGGUGGAUGAGGAAUGAAGGUCCUGGAAGAUUAACAUUCGUAGAUGACUAAAGAUUGCUACAGAACUCAAUUGUCAAACCGUGGCAACCUGUAUGAGAUGAUUUGUCCUGACAUUUGUGUUUUAGAAUGUAUUUAUUAAUUCAAGGCAGUAAUGAAAAACUCAGGAAGCAGUUGCUCAGAUAAUAUAAUGUGAAAUAGGAGCUCCCAAGAAAUUUUGGAAGGUAAGUAGCUCAUGAUUGAAGGUCUGGCAUUCACUGUGUAAAGGUUCAGAAUGGAAAGUUAUCAACUACUCCACUUAAAGCUAACCGCAGAAUUUUGACCUCCAACUUUUUUGUCGUCGUCGUUUUUUAUUCUCUUCCCUCAUCAUUCCCAUUUUGCCCAGAACGGGUCUUAAAAGAAAGCAUGACAUUCAAUUACAGGAUUACACAUUUGUUCAAAGGAGUCUCUCCCGAAGGAUGAUUCUACUGUCGUCCUCGUAGGAUGAUUUCUGGAACAAUCAUUAUAGGGUUGUCAAUGAGUUCCAAAUAUCUCUCCGGGAGAGAGAGUCUGCUAUCAUGUCCUUGUAGGAUAACCUUUAUUACAAUAAUUAUAGGAUUGUAAAUGUAUUCCAAAAAUCUCUCCAGGAGGGACCUCAUAGAACGUCUCUUAUUAUCACCGUGUGAUCAUGAUGGAUUUUCAUGAAAAAGUAGAUCUCCUCUCCUAAUCCGAAACACCAGAACACUUCUACACCGUUGCUCGUGGAUUGCAAAGCCCUUAAGGUUUAGAGAAUCAUAUUUAGUUGAGAGUGUUGACAUUUUAAAAUUUGAGGACUAGAAUCAAGUGGUGCAUGAAUGUUUAUCAGUGUGGUAAUAGACCUUACUUAUUCUGCUUUGUUCUUUAGAACAUUCAAAUUAGGGUAUUCUAGAAACCUAUUUUUUUAAAACAGUUUUGUUCCUUAAAAUCAGAGUACUUGUAAGGUAACAUGCAAGCCAAGACACACAGCUUUACUAAACGUUACACAUUAUCUUGCAAAAGGUAACACCAAAGUGUUGGAAUAUCAUCUUGUAGGGAGACUGAUUCUCUUGUUAAAGGAGUUAUCCUAAUGCCUUAUGUAAGUAAAACACUUUACUCUGUUACAGCCCUAUUUGAAAUUAUAAAUUAAAAACAAACUUUAGUA